UAACUAAAAUGAAUCAGGAUUUUCCAGGCUUGGGCGCGGCUCUCUUUGCUUUAGGUAUCGACUUGCGUGAUUGGUGGGGAGCUAUCGCCUGCACACCGCAUCAAAUAAGUGUUCGGGCAGGCGCUGGAGAGGAUCCAAUCCGCCCACGUCACGUCACGCGUCCGGCGCGCAGGGGAGGUGCCAUCUGGCAGCGGGACCUGAACAACACCACACCGGGCUGCUUUCUCUCACAGGACGGUGGGACUGUAACGGGACUGCGCGUCUUCUCGGCAAUUAUAAGACAUGUGGAGUACAGGCGGACAGGUGCUGUCCUUGGUGCUGACGGCUGUUGCUGUCAUACUGGUACCGUCAGCUGACUGCAGCGCUCCACCGCCAGAGAUCCAGGAUGAGGUGAAUAAGUGCAUGCUGACGCUCGGACUUCACAAGGUCAUCCCACAUAUCAGCUCCGUCAAGAUGGCCAUGGACUUCUGCAUGGCUAAAGUGGCCCGGGCUCAGUCGGACGGCUUCCAGAGAACAGUCAAGAAUUCCUACCAGUCUCCGUCGUCCUACUCUCAGCAGCAGUCGCCCUACUCCAACUCCCAGCAGUCAUCCUUCCCUCAGCAGUCCUCACAGGCGGCGUACAUGACUAACGCCAUCAGCCCGUACGUUGAUUCAGGAGCAGCUAACAAACAGUUUGAUCCAAAGACGUAUGAUGGCGUCAUAGAGGAAUGUUCGGAGAAGAGCUUCUUAGCGGGGAAGUGCGUUGAAAUGACGGACUGGCUGGUGAAUAUGGUUACCACAGUCGCUCCCCAGCCUCCACCGCCGCCACCCCCGCCGAAGUGCGUUGCUGACUUCUCUCACUGCGGCUACUGCGAGUGUAACUGCUGCAGCGGGAAGUGCGAGCUCAGCUGGCUGCUUUGGGAGGCAAGUGUGUGCGUCCCUGAGAACAAGUGUACCUACAGCCGCGUCACAAAAUGUGUCAACCAGAAGAAGAUCAGCCACUAGUACCAGGUGACCAGAACGGCGAGAACACACAGGGACCUGGAUAGGCAAUACCCCACCAUUUCCCUCUGCCACCUAGCGGGCUCUGUUGGUACUACACUCCAAUGCACGACACAACGUCCAUGCAUAGCAUCGCAUCUACUUACUCCAGUCGAAAAUAGUUAAUAACUGUAUAAUUCAAUUGUGGGACAUGGCUUUUGCGAAACCUACUGUGACAUGCCUUCCUGUAUACGAAUGUAUAUUUAUAGAAACUAUAUGUAUGUAAAUGUAUGUAUAUGUAUUAUCAAAUUAUCAAAAUCACUGUUUUGACUCUAAAACGAACAUACAAGUAAUUUGAACCAUUACAGCGUCGAUGCUGUCUUUAUGUUCAUGCUGUAUUCUUUGGCAAUACAAUAGUAUAAAUGUGAACUGAUAAGGUGAUGAUGCACCAUUGUUGAUAUUUAUUGGGAAUGAUGAUGACAUUGUUGUAAUAUCGAAAUACUCCUCAUUGUAAUAAGGGAAAAACAUACUGCAAGCAAAUGUUGGGGUGGCAGAUCGUUAGAGUUCGAAUCCAUUCUUGCGUUGAACGCAAUACCUGUUUGUGUACAUCUGUUUGUAGUGUGUAGUACAUGACCGGGCACUUCACAAAUGUCCAUCGUAUGUGGCCAAAGUCGUAAACAUUUAUUUCCUGCCAUAGAAAACCCGUACGUAAUAAAGAUGUUCUAUAACACACA